CGCAGUUUUUUUCCUUCAUGAAAAAAACGGGUUUUAACAGAGGUUCAAACUGAGUCUUCAAUGGUUUCUAUCUAAAUGUAACGCAUUUGGCAUACAAAAGCAAGGCAAUAUUUGAGAAGGCUACAAUAAUCGCUUCCCAAAGAAGCGAUAGAAGAGCCAGAAGAUGUCGGCAAGCGCCGUAUAUGUGUUAGAUCUGAAAGGCAAGGUGCUCAUCUGCCGCAAUUACCGCGGCGAUGUGGACAUGUCUGAGAUCGAGCACUUCAUGACCCUGCUGAUGGACAAGGAGGAGGAGGGCACGCUCUCCCCUAUCCUGGCCCACGGAGCCGUCCGCUUCAUGUGGAUCAAGCACAACAACCUCUACCUUGUCGCCACAUCAAAGAAAAAUGCCUGUGUGUCAUUGGUCUUCUCAUUCCUAUACAAAAUUGUGCAGGUGUUCUCUGAGUAUUUCAAAGAGCUGGAGGAGGAGAGCAUUCGGGAUAACUUUGUAAUCAUCUACGAGCUGAUGGACGAGCUGAUGGACUUUGGCUACCCGCAGACCACUGACAGCAAGAUCCUGCAGGAGUACAUCACGCAGGAGGGCCACAAGCUGGACACAGGGGCUCCACGUCCCCCGGCGACCGUCACCAACGCGGUGUCCUGGAGGUCAGAGGGCAUCAAGUACAGGAAGAACGAGGUGUUCCUGGACGUCAUCGAGUCGGUCAACCUGCUGGUGAGUGCCAAUGGCAAUGUGCUGCGCAGCGAGAUCGUGGGCUCCAUCAAGAUGCGCGUCUUCCUGUCUGGCAUGCCGGAGCUGCGUCUGGGCCUCAACGACAAGGUCCUCUUUGAGAACACAGGCCGUGGUAAGAGCAAGUCAGUGGAACUGGAGGACGUGAAGUUCCACCAGUGUGUGCGUCUCUCUCGCUUCGAGAACGACCGCACCAUCUCCUUCAUCCCGCCCGAUGGUGAAUUCGAGCUCAUGUCCUACCGCCUCAACACACACGUGAAACCCCUUAUCUGGAUUGAAUCUGUCAUAGAGAAGCACUCCCACAGCAGAAUCGAAUACAUGAUCAAGGCGAAGAGUCAGUUCAAGAGGCGCUCCACGGCCAACAACGUUGAGAUCCACAUUCCUGUUCCCACGGACGCCGACUCGCCCAAAUUCAAGACCACCGUGGGUAGUGUCAAAUGGGUGCCGGAGAAUAGCGAGAUCGUCUGGUCCAUCAAGUCCUUCCCUGGUGGGAAGGAGUACCUGAUGCGGGCUCACUUCGGCCUGCCCAGCGUGGAGGCGGAGGACAAGGAGGGGAAACCUCCUAUCAGCGUCAAGUUCGAGAUCCCCUACUUCACCACCUCUGGCAUCCAGGUGCGUUACCUGAAGAUCAUUGAGAAGAGCGGUUACCAGGCCUUGCCGUGGGUGAGGUACAUCACCCAGAACGGGGAUUACCAGCUCAGGACCCAGUAGAGGAGCAACGCGUGGCGGAUCCUCGCCGGCCAUCAGUCAUCUGGGGCCCUCGAGUGAGCGAGCGAGUCGGCGAAAGAGAGAGAGAGAGAGUCCAGAGCGACGCCAGGCCCAGAGUGUCAAGGACCACCAGUGUCUUGAUGGAGUCUGAUUGAUUGUGCGUUAUUGCGAUUGUGUGUGUGCGUUUGUAGUGUGUGUGUGUGCUUGUGUGUGUGAGAGAGAGAGCGGGAGUAUGUGUGCUUGUGUGUAUGUGUGAGAGAGAGCGGGAGUCGGUCAGAGACGAUGUGUAUGAGUGACUAAUUUCUGUAUGUAAGUUGGAUCAUGUUUAUUCCUGGAUCAAUGCAAAGCUGGAGGUUUACUUAUGAAAACUCAAAAUCCCAAUUAACACUGCAAGUCCACUAGUAGGCCAAAUUUGCCAAUAUAAAGUUUUAUUGUGGGGUGGGUAGGGGGCAGGUAGGGUUAGUGGCAUUAUGAUCUAAUCUAUAUUAUCUUUGACGGUUAAAGAGGUCCGAUUUAGCUUGGCCAAAAGCAUAUAAUUACUAUUAGUCACUAACACGAGGCAGCCAUUUUAGACUUGAGGUUAGCCGCCACUGGCUGUGCACCAUGAGGUCAAGACGAAAGGUCAAGGUGCCAUCUCCACAUCAGCGGUGCCACUGUCACCAGUGUCAAUGAAAGGUCAAUUACAAAACAAACAAAAUUGUUACAUUUCCUUUUGCUAAUCAGUAUUUUCAGUUUCUUUUUUUUUUCAAUCACUCCCAUAUUCCACGUGUCAUUGUUUCAGUGUCAGUAUUUAUUGUUUUUGUUCAUUAUUUUUUCGGCAGGUUUUUUUUUCUUACGAGUAUGUACAUUUUAUUUUGUCCAUAUUCAAUUCAGUAUUGCCAGGACUGUAUUGAAGGUGAAUGUUCAAACCACUCGUUGCUGUUGUAGCCCUCAGUUUACAGCUUGGCUGACGGACGAUCAUGACGUCCGUCUAUGUGUAUAGAGCACUGCUAAUCCAAUGCUCCGUUGCCGUAGCGCUCUUGUUGCCAUGUCACUGCAGGUUAGAGUUUUUGCUUAAGCCAGCACUUAUCUUUGUCUCCCAUCGCUAGACCUGCAUGUAAUGUUUGAUGCCAUUCCUGUAAAUGACCAUGGAGAAGUCAGUAAACAGUGUGAAACAUUUUUUUAUGUUCUAUGAAAUGACAUUUAGUAAGCCAAAAAAGAGAGAAAAUACUUCAUAAAUUUUACUGUGUUGCUAUCUAUGUAACUUAAAUCCCUUUUUUAUUUUUAAAGCUGGCCAUGAGGGAAGGUUUUGGGGUACGAUACUGUCAGUGAUAUCCCUCUCCCUCAUCUCAAAAAACUUCUCUUGUCUGUACUCUUUAAAAAUCAUAAAGUACCUCUUUUGAAAACAA